AUCGGCUCACAGUGCAUCAGACUUCACAAUUGGCCUCACUCUGAAAUAAAUUACAAAAGCUAGAUUUUGUUUGAAAUUCACAAUUUUACUUUUGCUGGCCAUUUUGACUCUGAGAGUGAAUUAUCACUUAAACAUGGCUUACACAGUUUAUCAUGGAGCUAGCAGUGCAGCAUCCCUCUCUCUGUGCUUCCUACUUGUUCCACCUCUUGUUAUUGUAGCAGCUUCAUUUAUUUUAGCAUAUUUAAUGCUUGCAUAUUGCAUUAAGUCAGUCCUAGGAAACCAAAAUAAUGAACAAAAAUGAGCCCCAGAUUAGACCUGUUACAAUAGAAGUGCUUGUUAAUGGCCCCUAGCUCCAGUAGGCACCAUGCUCCUGCUUGUGUAGUAUUGUGUCAGACUGCUGCUUGCUUGCUACUGAUGAGAUGAUGAUUUUGUUGUACACACAAAGAUAUGGUGAACAUGUUAAUAUGAUGUGUCUAACGUAUUUACUCUUUUUGUUUUCUUUCUUGUUUUGCCUCUUCCCAACACACCUCUCUCUCUGACCACGCACCUCUUCCUCUGUCUUGUUGAUAUCCCUCUGUCUAUGCGGCUGGGCAGGGCAUCGCCCCUAGUGUCAUGGCUCCCCUGCCAAAGCGGGCUGCCCUGGAGAAGGCCAACGGGGCCUCUGCUAUGUUUAACACAGGCAUGCUCCAGUACCAACAGGCCCUCGCCAGCAUGCAGUUUCAGCAGCAGGCUGCUUUCCUCCCAUCAGGCUCAAUAUUGUGCAUGACACCCGCAGCCAGUGUUGUUCCCAUGAUGCACGGUGGUACUCCGGCCACUGUGUCUGCAGCCACCACAUCUGCCACAAGCGUUCCCUUCGCAACUGCCUCCACCAAUCAGGACUCUUCCUUAACAAAGUUGACUACCAACGAAUACAUGCAAUUGAUUCCAAUAAUAUCUGCAGAUCAUCUGAGUAGUCACAAGUACUUGACUCAAAUGUAGUUCCUCUAAAGAACAAUCAAAUGAAUGUGGGCUGGCACCGUCCAAGCCAAACAAAUUCAGCCUUUAUGUACAUAUUCAGAAUGUCAAACAAUGGGACAGGAGGGUCUGCCAUCUCCAAACCAGCCCAUGACGAUGGUCUCAUCACACGAGUCAACAUCCCGAGAGCAACACUUGAUCUGUGCCAUCCGCCCACUUAGAGAGGAGUGUCAAAUGUAGUGUCCAGCAAAGAAAGAAGGAGGUCUGGAGCCUCAGUCACUGUGUCUCAGAGUGAGAACGGCCCAUGUUACACCUCUGUGUUUGAAUUAUUCUCGUUUCUGCACGCGCAGGUCAUUAAUGUGGCUGCAUAGCACCACAUUGCUGGUACGUUAGUAGACCAAUUUUUUUUCCCUUUUAUAUUUGUUCUUUUUUUUGAAUAGCCAUAUUUCAGAGUUUGCAAAUGAAAUGUAAACAUGCACCUUGAAUUAGAAUUCUAAACAAUAAUAGGCACAAUAAUUUAACAGGAAUUUAAUUUGCCAAAAUAAUUGUACAGUAUUGUAAUUUUAUGGCUAGUGAAACUAGAUGUUGAAAUGAGGGUCUUGGACAUAUGAAUGUUCUGGGUAAACCAACAUACCUGUGUACCUUGAAGCACAGCCAGGCUUUUCUUAACUUGUGGUGUGCCAUCAAGGCCAUACAGCUAACCCCGAGUGUUAUCUCACCAGUGUUAUUUGUUUACCGAAGGUAAAGUUUUGUAUGGCUUUUGUAUUAUUUUGGUUUUAUUAUGUCCUUUUAUGUAAUUUUUUUUUUUAACCUUCCUCUGGUUUCAUCUAAUCAGUUUUAGAAGUUUUAAGGUUUAAUGUCAUUGAUGUUUUCUUGUUUUUAUUAAUAACUAGAGGGUGUUUUGUUUAUAGAGAGAAGUCCAUCGACUCUAAAAGUGGAGGGUGUAACUUUAGUUGUAUUACAGUGCCCCCUCUUCUGAAGAGGACUUUUCCAACUGUGUCUGAGUGCAGCACUGUUGAGCCAUGUGUUGAUGGAAAAAGAACUUUAUAUUAGGUCAUCUUCACCACAUGUGCACUUGAUGAAUGUUUAUGUGGAUUCCCUUUUCAACACCGCUCCACCUGAGCUUGUCUGGGGAAUCAAGGCCAUUGCCUUGUUUUUCCAUGAAAGUUCUUAAUCACAAAGGCUCUAGAUCUGAGUUUAGAUACCAAAGCACAGUUUUCUUGUCACAUUUGAUAGACAUUACACAAUUUAAAUGCAUUCAUUGCUCCUUCAAUUCUUAGUUGAUGAUCACUUGCCUUUCUCGUGUUCACAGAGGUGUGUAGUGUGUCUUUACAGAUUGUAAUGUACCUAACAAAGCCUUAGAUUACUGUUUAUGGGCCUCAGCCCACUCCAAUGUAAUUUUUAUCAUAUGCAGGUUAAAUACACCAAUGAUGUUUUAUAGUUUCCUCACACAUAGCUUAUAAUUUGUUUUUCUCUUUGUGUAAAAGUAACAAUUACUCUUAAAUCUGUGUUAUGUACUACUUAAGGAUUUGAAUAUUUGAGGUAUCUAGUUAUAGAUUGUUUCUUUUUGCCUUACUAUAUAUUACUUGACAACAUUGAUAUAGCCGUUGUAGAUUUUAAGGUAGUUUGACAUUCAUAACUUUUUUCAUAUACAAUAUAGAUUAUAAUCUGUUGACUUCAUUCAUAUAGCUGGAUGUCUUUUCAGUUGAUGUUACAUAGUCAUUGUCAGAGAAUGUUUGCUGAAGAAAGACAUUUUUGGAUGCAAAGAAAGAUAUGUUUUUAUCAGUGUAGACAAACUAUGUUGAAAUCAUUUUUGGUUUUCCAUGUAACAUGUUUGAAAAUGUAUUGGAAAAUAGAUUAUCCAUGUUUUAGGGUAAAACUUCUUUUUUACUGUAUCCAUUUCAAAAAGAUGUGUAUAAGAUAAUGUUUGUUUUAAAUAUUUCUUAAGUUUGCCCUGAAUGUCAGGCCAAAAUGAGCAGUGAGAUAGACGGGUGUUUGGAUGUUUGUGGAUGGUGAGAUUAGGAGAGAGAACGACUUUUCCAAUGUGGUCAAGUCCGACAUGCUGCAGACGAUGAGUUCUAACCUAAGGGAAGAAGGUUGACUUUUUGCACUUCUGUAUAUAGUCAAAUGAACAGAGAAAAUGUGUAUCAUAUUGAGAUAUUAUUUUGAAUAAAAAAGAGCUAUAAUUAUAAGGAAUUUUGUUAGAUUAAUUUAAAUUCUUAAAUUAGAAGACCAGCUAAAAUUGCUUGCAAAGAAGGGCACUAGUUUCUUGGCCAAUGCAUUCAGAGAAAGCUAUGCGCUUUUUGUCUUAUUUUAUCUGCAUCUGUUAUUGCCAGGGAAUGUUAUAUGGGAUUAUGCCCAUGUCAUGCUAACUUCACCCUUGUAGGAUGACAUAUCCACUGAUGUCCAGUCUCAAAACCUGCAUACUUGCGUAGUUUGAUUUUAUUGCAUGUAAUAUACACACAUUUACAAAAAGCUACUCAAAUAUGUAAGGAAGAAAUACAUGUCAAGAAUACACAAUACAGUAUGUAACAUCCACAUUAAUGGGGAAUUUUGUUUGAAAACAAGUCGUUUUCAAUGAGAAAAGGCUACUUAAACAUUGAGAAUAAAGACUGGCAUUCGUCCACCACAUUCGGCACAGUAGACGUUGUUUCUUCUGACACCGCUGUGCACUCAGCAGGCAAGGUCACCACCACACCAAAAAUAUUUGGCCAAUUAGUUGUUCAAAUGAAUGUAACAGUAACUGAUGUCUGCGUGACUUGAAGCUGCUGUGUUGAUGCUAGAACCAAAGCACCAUUUUGUCCAAACCAGAUAUUUAAGGUUCUCCUCCCUGCUGGGGGCACAUGGCCAUGCUUUGUUAACCGCUUCUUCCUUGUAAGUGCAACCACCAGUUAUAAGUAUUUGCCACAAAUGCCACACAAUAAUGUAUAACUAUUCUGUCUUCAGAUUUGUUUAAUGCACAUUUUAUUGUUGCCAUAUCUCUGACUCUUGCUGUAUGGAUGAAAAAAUCUGAAUAAAACUAUAUUUCAUUUGCUUAUGCAAA